CAAAUAAAAUUAUUGAAAUUUUAAAAGACGAAAUAUUAUAAAUUAUCACUUAAACUGUUUUAUUUUGUUAUAUAAAACUGAAACUUGAUUUUAAUUGAAUUAUGCAAAAUAGUUUUUAGUUACAUAUUUCUUUCUAAACUCUUAGUGUAAUAAAAAACUAUGGCGCUAACCUCUUCAAGAUUGUUUUUCAUGCAGAAAUUGGCCCAAAAUGUAUUUUAUACAACCUUAAUGAGGCCUUUAGGUUAUAAAAGUUCCAUUUCUCUGGAAACCUUAUAUCCUAACAGUUCCUUGAAGCUCACAACUCCUUCUUUUACUCCAGACCCGAAAGAAAAGUUUUCUGGUUUCAUUCCCAUUGAAAAAUUGGACAUUACAUACAGUGCGAGUUCAGGACCAGGCGGACAGAAUGUUAAUAAGGUAUUAUUAAUAACUUUUGUAUUUAGACAUAGUGAGGCUGAUUGGAUACAUCCAGAGAUCAGAGAGAAAUUAUUAGAAUUGCAUGGAAAGAAAUUAACAAGAGAUGGCUACAUCAUCAUCCGUUCUGAUGUGACCCGGUCCCAGCAAUUAAACCUGGCUGACUGCAUGCAGAAGCUGCGCGCCAUGAUCAGAGACGCAGCUGUCACCAAACGUGAAGUGUCGCCUGAAACUGAAGAAAGAAUUAGACAGAGACAUCUGAAAGCGUCCCGGCUGCGCGUGGCGAUCAAGCGGGAGGAAUCUCUGAAGCGCGCGCUGAGACAACCGCCAAAUGCGAUAGAUUUAUGAUUUUUCUAUUAAAUUGGGCAUACAUAGUUAAAGGACAUUGAAAUAAUGUUAAUUUGAAUGCAGUGUAAUAUUUUUACAAUCGGCCAGUUUAGUCGAAUAAUCAACAAAAGUUUUUCAAGCUAUAUUUGAACUCUAUUCCUUGCCUAAUGAUGCCUCAUUCGGAGCCGAACUGGUGUCGCAAUAUGGGAGUAGCCCAGGAAUGUUAUGGAUUUGAAAUGUCCGAUACGGAUAGGUUUCAUAUAUAGGAAUGAUUAUUAUAUAGGAUAUGGAUGCGGAUAACAAAUUAUUUCGGAUUAUCCGUCAGUUUCGGAUAAUUUCGAUUACGGAUAUUAUUUUUUAAGGAAUUUGAAAAGCAAAAUGCAAUUAGGUAAUAAAAUGGUUACAUAACGUGUCUCAAUUAGGCUCCGCCCCUAUCCGAUAUCCGAAACUUUUCAGAUUCAGUUACGGUUACGAUUUUUUUUUUAUAUCGGAUAUCCGAUAGUUUACGAUUACGGAGCUCCCUAACAUCCCUGGUGUAGACUUAAUAACGCAAAUAAGGGCGAGCGUAGAUGGCACUCCAAACCCGCGGAAGCACUUAUGGAGCGG